GCUAAAUAAGCUUCCCUCAUCCCAACUCUCCAUUUCCUCCCUUAUUAAUUUUGACAAAUUUGAUUCAUUAAAAUGAAUACAUUUGUAGCAUCACCUGGCUUUGAUGUUAGCCGUCUCAAGGGUACGACCCUCAUUCUACCGUCAGUCUCGAUCGGGAACGUACCCCAGUUGACGAUAGAUCUCCUUCUAGCGACCCUCAAGUUGGACCGUGUAGGCUGUAUUGAAGACGAGAAUGUUGUUCCAGUCUUGGGACCUGCCGAUAGCGUGUUAGAUCCCAUGACCCCAUCAACAAUAAGGAAGAAUAACAAUGUGGCUGCACCCGCAGCAACACGGGCAGAAGCAACAGGACCAGCACUCGCACUAGCCGUUGAAGUUUUCCAAUCCAAGGAUGGCAAAUGGACUUUGAUCCAACAACGAUCCCCAACGGUUCAUCAUCGAUCACAUCAUUAUACAGAUAAUUUAAUUCAGUUUAUCAAAGAAUCUGGGUUUGGUCAGGUGGUGCUGUUGACCUCUGCAGAUGGAGCACGACGGAUUGAUAUCCAGCUACAAGCAGGAACCCCACCAGUGAGAUUCAUCUCCUCGCCAAAGCUUUCGAAAGAAUUAGUUGAGGAGACGAUUCAAGGACAAUUGGGAAUUGUGCCGUUGGAAGAUGUACCUGCGACGGAGGAUCAAAAACGAGAAGCCAUUAUUCGUCGACAGGAACACUUUUUGGCAAUGCAUCAUCAUCAAGCAUCUUCGUCUGCUGCGUUAACAGAGCAAGUCGAGGAGAUGCAGUUGGAUGAGACACAGCCAGAGCAACAACAACAGCAGCAACAGUUGGAGAAAGUUCCAAGGAUACCGAGUGGAGGGAUCGCACGCCGAUUACAUUCGUUAUGUCAGGAACAAGACAUUGCCAUCUUGACACUUAUUAAGUUUGCAAUGGAAGGCGACAAUGCGCCGGAUGCAAUCUUUUUGGCCAAUGUUUUGAACGCGAUCUUUAAGCUGCACAGCUCAACAGAGCAAGAAGCCUUGCAAGGAGAAGGUUCUUGGAAAGUACCCAAGAGUUGGGAUUCUUUAUAUGGAAACUCAUUCCAUCAGGACAUGUAUCACUGAAUGCCAAGAAAUCAAGAAUAAAAUCCAUGCCAGAAAAAAGUAAUCCUUUAGUAUAAAAGUGUUUAAUUCUAUUAUUGUACAGGUU